UAACGGCAGCCCGAGGCGCCCCCCGCGAGGACCGAGCACCAGUCUGCUGCUAACUUUUGUACCGAUCGCUCCUGCCGGCCACACACACACACACACACACACACGCGCGCGUGGACAUGGCUGACGAUGGCGAGGACAAGCUGACCCAGGAGCAGAUUAGCAUGCUGAGGAAGGCGUUCGACUCCUUCGACAAGGAGAAGAAGGGCUGCAUCCACACGGACAUGGUGUCCUCCAUCCUGGAGCUGUUCGGCCACAAGCUGAGCGGCAAGGUGCUGUGGGACGUCAUCCACGAGGUGGACGUGGACGGAUCGGGCGAGCUCGAGUUCGACGAGUUCUGCAUCCUGGCCGCCCGGUUCCUCAUAGAGGAGGACAAGGAGAAGAUCAAGGGCGAGCUGCGGGAGGCCUUCCUGCUGUUCGACCGCGAGGGCAACGGCUACAUCACCACGGACCAGCUGCGCGAGAUCCUCUGGGAGCUGGACAACACCAUCACGGCCUCGGACAUGGACCAGAUCAUGGACGAGAUCGACGCGGACGACUCGGGCACCGUGGACUUCGAGGAGUUCAUCGCCGUCAUGUGUGGAGACGACUAGAGCGGGGCUUCCGAAUAAAAAACGGCUGUUCAAAUCGCGAAUCUCAUCUACCAAAUAUCACUCAACUUUUUUCUUCUUUUUAAAUUGACUAUUGCUAAUGAAAUAAAUGAAUGUGUUUUGUA